ACCAAGUAUACAGAGUGAAGCACAGGAGAACUAUGAGUUCCUUUUCCAUAAGAGACAUUCUCGACUUGCCUGAAGACACAAUUCGCUCCCUACAGGCGAUUAAACCACACAUGGGAAUGUCAUCCUGUACGAUUACAGACCAAUGUAACAUGGAGGCCAGUCCAAAUUCGGACGUAGACGCCAACGAACAUGCAGUCGACGAAGCUCCAAUUUCUGAUGAUGUCCCUGCGGAGCAAGGAGAAACCCGUCUCUCCAUUUACGAAAAACCAGAAGAAACGAAGCGAGAAACCGAAAUCCCAAAGAAAAGAAAACGAAGGAUUCUUUUUACAAAAGCGCAAACCUUCAUACUGGAAAGACGAUUUCAACAACAGCGAUAUCUUUCUGCUCCGGAGCGCGAAGAACUCGCAAGAAUAGCAAAUUUAACGCCAGCUCAAGUCAAGAUUUGGUUCCAAAAUCAUCGGUACAAGUUUCGUAAGCAGAUGAGUGAAAAGGGACAUUGGGAUAAACCAUACAUCUCUGGUCCUUUCCUUACAGGAUCCGGACAAUAUUGUAGUUGUGUUGGCCCAACUUGUAGUUAUCUAACCAGUUCACCAUACCAACCAUCGCCCGAUUAUCUACAUUAUCCUUCUCCAGUGAAUUCCACUUACUUACAAUCUUCAUCGUACUGGUAAAAACUGAAAACUCCCUCAUUCUUUCUUGCUAAGGCGAGAUCUACCUAGGUCAUAUUGUUCUUAAGACAAAAGUCUACCACAAAACCGUAUAUCUAACAUCAAAUUUACUAUAACUUUUACAUUUCUAAAAAUUCAAUUCACCCAGAUGAAUUACAACCCAUUUGCUUGAGAAAUCUCAUGUUCAAAUACGUAUUUUUGGACACUAAGUUAUUCACGUUUUUUUUGAAAGACAUAUCUCCUAGGGCGGAUUGCUUUGGGGAUAAAUACCGAAAUAUAAAUUAUAAAUACGAUUGCGACAAAUAGAAACCGCGGCUACUGCGAUGUUGUUUUGAUUCAUAGYGUGACGUUUAUAACGUGUAAAAGGGAAUUUAAAGAUAUAACGAUAUGUUGUUCUAUGGAAAGUAAGUUAUAAAGAAAGAGAAAAGGUUAGAUGUCUACAUGUUCAAUAAAAUAGUUUUAGUAACCUAGAUGGCCAUCUUACUUAUCGCCCAAAAAUCUAGUUUUAUAAUAUAUAAACUAUAAAUUUAUAAUCUUUUCUUUAAGUAGCUCAGUURCUUUUUGAAAAUCCCCAGCAAAAUUUAGUGCACAACUGAAAUUUCCUAACUAGUUAAAGGAUAUGUCGUUGGUAUAAAUCGUGUAAGGUCUGAUGCACACUAAUGUAAGAAAACUGAGAAAUAGKACGCCGUUAUUGUUGUAAAUCCAAUUGUGUUUAUUCCAUAAACUUUGUACAACUUUCUGUAAAUUUACGAAUAAAAAUAACUGUAUAAAGACAAAAA